AUGACAUUUAUCGUCGUCUACAUCACCACCAUCUUCGGCAAUGCCAUCAUCAUAUUAGUCAUACAGCUGGACGGCCGUCUGCAGACACCGAUGUACUUUUUCCUUACAAACCUCUCCUUUUUGGAUAUCUGCUACUCCUCCGUCACCGUCCCUAAAUUGCUCGAUGUCCUCCUUGCCGACAACAGGCGAAUUCCAUUUGUCGACUGUAUUUUGCAGAUGUAUCUCUUCCACGUCCUGGCGAGCUCGGAGAUGUUUCUUCUCACCGCCAUGGCCUACGAUCGGUAUGUGGCAAUAUGCAACCCUUUACGUUACGUGGUCCUCAUGAGGAGGGUGGUGAGUUUGCCGCUUGCCGCCUGCGCCUGGUUGGGUGGACUCCUCCAUUCCACCUUUCACACUGCCUUCAUUUUGAGACUUUCCUUCUGUGGACCAAACCAAAUGGACAACAUUUUCUGUGAUGCCACCCCGCUGAUCAAACUGUCGUGUUCGGACGCGACGCUUGACGAAGUCAUGCUGACCGUGACGCCGGGAAUUCUGGGUCCCUCCUGCUUCAUGGUAGUUCUCCUUUCUUACGGUUUUAUCAUAAGAAGCAUCUUGAAAAUCAACUCCGGUGCCUCACAUUUAAUGGUGAUUUCCAUUUUCUAUGGCACGGGUAUUAUCGUUUAUCUUCAACCCAUGUCUGUGUAUUCAUCUGCCAAUCGCUUCAUUACGGUUUUCUAUGCCGUCAUCACGCCCAUGUUGAAUCCAAUCAUCUAUACGCUGCGGAACAAAGACGUCAAAGGGGCCGUGCAGAAGCUACUGUUCCAGCAGACUAUCGCACAAAAAAGUAACAUAGUAGUAACAACUUUCUGA